GGCUCUGACCGUAGUCCGCACUGAGAUCCCUUCUCAGAGGAGCUAGAAACGCUCCCCGCGUCCAGAUUUUACAACUGCACACAUUUGUCUUUUUAAAAGGCAUCUUCAGAUGCACCCUUGAGAACGAGUUUUGGAAUGACUGUGGGAUUCCAAUAAUGUAAAUUAUUUACGUCAAAUUGAAAAAAAAUAAAGAAGGGGGGCGGGGAGGCGAUGGGGCUCAGACAGGUGAUGCGAUGACAGCGGACUUGAGGAUUUUCCAGCAGCGACAGUGGAAGCCUCCCGGUGUCCGGUGGGGAAAGUUAGCGCUACCUGUGCUGACCCGAAAGGCGCAGCUCCCCUCAAAGGCAGAGGCGGUGAUAUCAGCUAAAGAACUCUUCUAUUCAUGGAGGAGAACGCUAAGGAUGCUUUCCAAAUGAACCCUGAAGGGAACCUCUGACCUCCUAUAGAAAGAGAAGGAAGCCAACAUGAAGGAAAAUGUGGCAUCCACAUUUGUUUUCAUUUUGCUGCUUUUUCUCAACACCAAUCUUCUGAAUGGACAGUCACCUCCUGGAAAACCUGAGAUUUUUAAAUGCCGCUCUCCCGAAAAGGAAACCUUCACCUGCUGGUGGAAGCCUGGGACAGAUGGAGGACUUCCUACCAAUUACACACUGACUUACCACAAGGAAGGAGAAACAGACAUCUACGAGUGUCCAGACUACAAAACCGGUGGCCCCAACUCCUGUUACUUUAACAAGAAGCACACCUCCAUUUGGACAGUAUACAUCAUUGUAAUAAACGCCACGAACCAGAUGGGAAGCAGUGCCUCAGAUCCACGCUACGUGGAUGUGACUUACAUAGUUGAACCAAACCCUCCUGUGAACCUGACUUUGGAAUUAAAACAGCCAGAAGACCAAAAACUGUAUCUGUGGAUAAAAUGGUUUCCACCCACCCUGGUUGACUUAAGAACUGGUUGGCUCAUACUCCAGUAUGAAAUUCGAUUAAAACCUGAGAAAGCAGCUGAGUGGGAGACUCAUUUCGCUGGACAACAAACUCAGUUUAAGAUUCUCAGCUUAUAUCCAGGACAUAAAUAUGUUGUCCAGGUUCGCUGCAAGCCAGACCAUGGAUUCUGGAGUAAGUGGGGCCCAGAGAGCUCCAUCCAGAUACCUAAUGAUUUCACCAUGAAAGAUACUACUGUGUGGAUCUUUGUAGCUGUUCUUUCUGCUGUCAUCGGUUUGAUUAUGGUCUGGGUAGUGGUUUUGAAAGGCUACAGCAUGGUGACCUGCAUCCUUCCACCAGUUCCUGGGCCCAAAAUUAAAGGAUUUGAUACUCAUCUGCUGGAGAAGGGCAAGUCUGAAGAACUACUGAGUGCCCUAGGAUGCCAGGACUUCCCUCCUUCUUCUGACUGUGAGGAUCUGCUAGUGGAGUUUCUAGAAGUCAUCGACAGUGAGGACCGGCACCUGAUGCCAGCCCAUUCCAAAAAAUACCCGAGUCAAGGGGUGAAGCGCACACACCUGGAUCUCGACAGUGACUCUGGCCAGGGCAGUUGUGACAGCCCAUCCCUUUUGUCUGAAAAGUGCGAGGAACCCUGGGCAAAUCCCUUCCCGUUCCACACUUCUGAAGGCAUUGAGAAGCCAGAGAGUCCUGAAACAAAUGGUACCCAUACCUGGGAGCCCCAGAACACAGGCUUGGAAGGCAAAAUGCCUUAUUUCCAUGCCAGUGGAUCCAAAUCAACAUGGCUUUUACCACAGCCCCCCAGGCAGCACAACCCCAGGUCUUCUUACCACAACAUUAGUGACGUGUGUAAGCUGGCCAUGGGCACAGCAGGUGUAUCGGGCACUUUGGUGGACAAGACAGACACACAUGCUUUAACAUCCUCGAAAACCACUGAGACUGGAGGGGAGGAAAAGGCAGGCGAGCAGAGAGAGGUUGAAAGCUCUCAUUCCCAGACUGACCCAGACACUGCCUGGCUGCUGCCCCAGGAGGAAACCCCCUUUAUUUCUGCCAAACUCUUGGAUUAUGUGGAGAUUCACAAGAUCAACAAAGAUGGAGCUCUAUCAUUGCUCCCCAAACAGAAGGAGAACAGCAACCAGACAGAGAAGCCCAGCACUCUGGAAACCAGUAAGGAGUACGCUAAAGUGUCCAGGGUGAUGGAUAACCACAUCCUGGUGUUAGUGCAGGGUCCCUGCCCUCAAAACCUGGCUUUGUUUGAAGAACCAGCCACAGGGGCUCCAUCAUCCCUUCAACAGAAUCAAGCUGAGAAAGACCUGGCCUCUUUCACUGCAACACCAAGCAACUGCAAACUCCAAACGGGUGGGUUGGACUACCUGGAUCCCGCGUGUUUUAAGCACUCCUUUCAGGGAUAGCUUGAUUCAUGGAAUGAUAGGCUAAAAUGUGAUUUUGUUUUUUUCGGGUAACACUAAAGAGUACCUGAAACGCACUCUACUAGAGACUGUGCAAAAAUGCGGUUAGAAUGACACUACUAAAACUCACGCUUCACUCCUUUUCAUGCUCCAUUUUCAACCCGUUGCCUCUUUCUCCAACAGCUGAUUCCAGAACAAAUGAUUUUGUUUCCUAACUGUGAUUUGCAGAUUCACUUUUUGUUGUUAGUUAUAAAGUUACGUGUUCCGUGAAAUAAAAGCACUGUGCUUAGUCUCCUGAGGGACAGAGCCGAUAGGUUUAUCGUAUCUUCUGAAAAAGGCUUUCAUGGUUUGUUCUGUGACAGAAGGAAAUGAAAUAGUUAAAAUAGUUCACCACAGGAAAGUGAUGGAUAUGAGACAAAUGCCAUGAAAACCAAUUGCUUCACCUUUGCACUCCUCUUCCAUUUUAUUAGGAUUCACCAACUACAUUUUUAAAAAGAAUGCAUUCCAGAACACCUGACAAAUUGUUUACAUCAGUUCCUAUUACCUUAGUGAUAUACUGCUGAUAUGCAAGUAAAAAUGAUGCCUCCAUUUUUUUUCUUAAAAUAGUUUGGAUUUGUUAAACAUAGAUAUCCCCACCACCACCCAUCCACCCACCCCCCAGAAAAACCUAUUUCAUUCUAAAGCCUCUAGAGAAUAUAGUUUUGGAAAGUGGAAUUUUCUUACACAAGAGGCAAAUGAGUUUCAUGUGGUAAAUACUUCUAAAAUGUUCUCCUGCUUCACUUCAGAAUGAUAGAUAAUUUAUUUUAUACCCUGGACUUCCCUUAGUGAAAACAAAAUCCCAAAAGACUAACUUUAAUUUAAAAGAUCAUCACAGCAGCAUGUUAAUGGAGAUACUGCCUUACUGUACAUACAAAUUCUACUUUAAUACAAACCCAUACGUUUAACAGUGUAUUUUGAAGACUAUUUUUCUAUCACUUAGAUAAAAUAAAAGACUAUUUUCUAUGUUCCCAGUACAGCUGUUUACGUAUUCAGUGGGUACAGUACUUUCUGCUAUGAGGCUAUAAUGAGUAUUUACAGUACAUAGUAGCUGUAUGCAGUCCCUGUUUGUGGAGUCAAAUGCCAUACUAACCCACACCCCACUGAGGAGUAUGAACUGGAUGGCAAUAUUUAAUUUCCACCACAGUGUGGUAUAGUUUAUCUGAUUCUUUUACCUCUGGGAUACGUUAAACAACCACCACCAACCUAGAGUUUUAGAGCUCUCUGCAGACCAGAAAUUACUUCUCCUGCAAUUUAGGGCUACUUUGGAGCUUCUACUCUGUGUGAAUAUUCAUGAAGCCACUAUGAAGAAGGAGAGGGGUGACCUCUAACAUACUGUUUUAGCAAGAGGGUUUUUGUUUUGCCUUGUUUUUCUGAGCAAUCUUGGGCAACAAAGAAAUUUUAAGCAAAGCCAGGAGUUAUAUCUCUCUGGAGUAGAUCCACUUGCAAAAUCUUGGCAGAGGCAGAGACAACACUCAUGUCAAAUUGUCCAAAUAAAAGUUCUAAGAAACCUAGGAUCUGUGGAGUGGUGGGAACAGCUACAAAGGGCAGGCAAUAGUAGAACUGUGUUUCCCCGAAAAUAAGACCAGGCCAGACAAUCAGCUCUAAUGUGU